UUUCGCAGAUUCAACAAUGUUCCCAGGCCACUUGUGAGAUUCCUCGUAGACAAUUAACGCGCUUGUCUUGCUAGGAACGGUUCCGGGUAGUGGGGAGUCUGCAAUCACAACUUGUCAGUCUCUUUGUGUUCACUGUUUUCAGCAUCCUAAUUCAUGACCCCUGUAGGACAUCUAGUGCUAAUCCUCAGGAAUCCCGUCAUUGCAACAGUUUUCCGGCGACUUUGUCUUCCACUUCCUGGAUAUUAAAUUUUCAGGGACUAUUCUUGCAAGAUUAUCACCCACCUUUUCUCUCAUAUGUCUUAGUUCUUUCGUUACUUCUCCAGUCCCAGAUAGCGUGUUUUCGCAGAUGGUAGCCGUUCAGGAAACGUCAUGUCGGGUGCAGGAAAGAGGAAUCUACGCAUCGAUCGUUUCCUCCCGGGUAUCCGCUCCCAACCGCCUGACUUUAUACUUUCGGGCUCUAUCUUCCUUCUUCAUUCAAUGCUCGUCGCUCCUCUCGUCUCCUCUUCUCCUAUUCCUACACCUCAGGUCGGUCACAGCAAGUUUAGCUCUGUCAGCCUCUACCCCGAACACAGAAAAUUUGUCGUGCAGGUGGUAGCGGCAACGUGUGCUGCCAUGUCAAUGGCGGCCGCGUUCAUCGCCUUUUACUGGUUUUGUCGGAUGGAGAAACACUUCCGUCAUAGAUUAAUCAUACUCCUCAUAUACGGUGACUUGAUGAAAGCAACAUGGCUAUUCAUAUUCUCCAUAGUCUCCAUCGCGCGGGGCACCGUCCCUACCGAAUCUUCUUUUUGUCAAGCUAGCGGUUUCCUAGUCCAGUACGGCACGGAGACAAGCGACUACGCUGUCCUCGUGAUCGCUGUGCAUAGCGCUCUUCAGGUCUUCCGCCCGUCCACAUCCGUACGAUCCGAUGGUCUCUAUCCCCUUCGUCGUUGCAUCUACGUUGCCGGACUCCUGGUUCCAGCAAUGAUGGCUGGGCUCGCAUUCGUAAAUCCUCAUUACGGGUAUCUCUCUCAAGGCGCCCUCUGUACGCUUCCUCUUCGUCCAUUCUGGUAUCGUCUCGCAUUGGCCUGGAUUCCCCGCUACCUAAUUGCUACAAUAAUCCUCGGUCUUGCAGUUGCCAUCUAUACGCAUGUCGGCUUUGAAUUUCGCUCCUUUUCAACCAUAGGGGAGAGCGUCAAACUUUCAGUUUCAACCACAACCCCAAUAUUAUUUGGAAGAGACAUUGAGGAUGGAGCUCCCGGAGAGGCGCGUAGCAGCGCUAGUCAGCAGAUUCCCUCUGGGCAUAGAGCGUCACCGGCACUACACAAUAUCGCCGCUUGCCACCGAACUUUAGCAGGAAGCCCUCUUACUGAGACAACAACCUCCAUCUCAAACCCACUUGAACAAGCAGGACGCUUUCAGUCUGUUACACCGUCUCCGCCUCGCAUCGCUGAUAGUGAACCAUCUGCAAACAACACGGGGAACGACUCCCACGAUACUUCGCCGCUAAGCACCUGCCCAAUAACCCACGUCCAACGUCGUCUCGCUCGAGAAAGAUCACGCAUCCACCGCCAACUCCGUCUUAUGUUCAUCUACCCGCUCGUCUACAUCCUGAUGUGGAUUGUUCCAUUCGCAAGUCAUUGCCUAAUGUACCAAGACAAGUGGGCAGCCCAUCCUUUAUACUGGCUGGGCUUAACGAGCACAAUAUGCGUUACCCUAAUGGGCGCUGUAGAUUGUCUCAUUUUCAGUUUGAGGGAACGGCCAUGGCUCCAUAUACCAACCUCCGGCGGUAAGUUUUGGGGCAGUUUUUUUUGCUGGCGUCGGGCGGGUGAAAGCGACGUAAGGAGGAGUCAGAUUGGAGAAAUGCAUCGUAUGAAAACGGAAGCCGACUUCAAUCCUCCUCUGACAAUACCUCGACCUACGUUGACGGCCAGCUUGUCGAGAGUCAAACAGAGUGCAACAACAUCGAAGGCGAUAGACCAGCGAAAGUCGGCAGCAGACAUGACAUGGGCUAGACUAGAAGUUGAGAAAGAAGAUCGUAGGAUAGUUAAUAGAGAGGGUGGCGGGCAAACUCGGAGGCAGUCCAUGGAGGGGCUGGAUUCAAGCGAGACUAAUGAUACAAACGAGACCAGCACAUCGAGUGAGAAGGAUGGGAGGACGCAGAGUUCAAGAGAGGUCGUAGGGGGGCUUGGGUCUGGAACGGAUGCUGUUGUGUAUUCAAAAUAUCUUUAGACAGUGUUGGUAGUAUGUGGGUUUAAGGUUGCUUUAACUUUGGCAUUGCAUUGUCCAUCCGCUCCG